AUUCCCAUCCGAUCAAUCGAACAUUCCCCACAAUUUCAUAAACCCCCCAUUUGUUGUCUGUGUUCCAAAUCUCACCAAUUCAUCGAUCAAAAGAAAAGGGGGAGGAGGAGGAAAAUGGACAUAAUAUCACAACUACAAGAACAAGUAAACACAAUUGCAGCAAUUUCUUUCAACACUUUUGGUACUUUACAAAGAGACGCCCCACCUGUUCGUCUCUCUCCCAAUUACCCUGAACCACCGGCUGCCACCACCACCACCAUCACUGAAGAAUCCCCAGUUAAUACUAAUAAUGUUAUUUCAGAAACACCCAAGAUUCUUAGUGCUGAACUUGUUAAAGCUGCUAAACAGUUCGAUGCGUUGGUAGCUGCCCUUCCCUUGUCAGAAGGAGGCGAGGAAGCUCAGCUGAAAAAAAUUGCAGAACUUCAGGCUGAAAACGAUCUUGUUGGUCAAGAACUUCAAAAGCAACUUGAUGCUGCAGAGAAGGAAUUGAAACAAGUGCAGGAAUUGUUCAAUGAAGCUGCAGAUAACUGUCUCAACUUGAAGAAACCAGACUAAAGAUGCGAGAAAUCUUUAGUUCUUAGGUGAAGAGUUGUAUUUGUUUGUAAUGUCUGUAGUUAUAUCCACAAAUCAAGUUACAGUUAAUUAACCAUGAAAUUGGUGGGAAUCCAGCCUUUUGACCCUUUUUUUAUGUGUUCAGUUUGUUAGGCGUUCAAGAUUUGGUCUUUCCAUUAUAGCACAGUGUGGAGUGUGGACUUCCCAAUUUGUUGGGCCUGUAUGAAGCUUUCAAUUAAUACCUAUAUCAUUGCCUACGUUUGUUUUCA